GAAAAAAAAAGUCAAAUGUGAAAGAAGAUUAUGUCUUCUUCUCCAAACGGAAAGAGCUUAGCAAAAUUCUUCUGAAUGAAUAAUCGGCGAUUAUGUCUUUGAAAAACGAUGCGAGUAGUAGCCACGACGGUGGAAGCAACAGAGAAAGCGUAAUCGAUGAUCAUGGCCGCCGUAAAAGCACUUGCGGCUACUGUAAAUCCCCAGCUCGGUCCAGUAUCUCUCACGGUUUAUCAGCACAGACUCUUACCGUUUAUGACUACCAAGGUUUGUUGCUAUUAUUGGACUCUAUGUGUGAUGAACCAAUUUUGUUGACAGAAUAGAGAUCUUUUAUGUAUCUUUGCUUUACUUUUCUGUAGCUCUUAUUGACCGAGGCUGGAGAAGAUCUGGUACUUAUCUUUACAAACAUGAGAUGGAUAAAACGUGUUGCCCUCCUUAUACGAUACGUUUGAAAGCAAGUGAUUUUGUUCCUACUAAAGAGCAGCAGCGAGUUUCUAGAAGACUAGAAAGGUUCUUGGAUGGCAAACUAGAUGUGCAGCCCAGGGAACAAAGAGGUGCUUCUUCCUCUGGUGAUGUUUCAGAUACAAGGAGAAAAACACUUGGAGCUGCUAAAAGUGAAGAGAAUAAGAAAGUUGAAGCAGUUAUGGAUGAUUUGUCUAAAAAUAUUGACCAAGCUGUGCAAUUAUGCAUACGGAGUGGGGAAUUCCCGUCUAAUAUGCAGAUACCAAAAGCUUCAGUGAAGAAGGUUUUCUGUGCUAGAAGAAAGAAACUAGCUGAAGGAACAGAACAAAUCUUAUACACCAGCAACAUUGCUUUUCCAAUAGCAGCUGCAAUAAAACGCAUCCAGACAUCUGAGAAAGAGGGGAUAAAUAGUGCAGAAGGAAAUAGAUUAUCACCUGAAACUAUUUCUGAGAUGUUGUUGAGUGCAAUGCAUAAGGUGGGGGAAACUCCUGAUGUGUCUAUCAAAGUCUGUAAGGGCCAUAUCAAUUUCCUUUCAUCUGCCAAAGAUUCUUUUUCUGAUAGAGAUGUUGUACCUAAUGGUAACAUCUCGAGAGGAGCCAAUUCUUUAGAUGGAAGUGAAACCCUUCACGCUAAGAAGGAUUCAGAAAACCAUCAGGCAAGAAAGCGAAAGCUGGAGAUACAUUUGAAAAGGUCUAGUUUUGAUCCUGAAGAACAUGAGUUAUACAAACGGUAUCAGCUGAAAGUGCACAAUGAUAAGCCAGGGCACGUUGUAGAAAGUUCAUACAGAAGGUUUUUGGUCGACUCUCCUUUAAUAGAUGUUCAACCUUCAGGUGAUGAAAAGGUUCCGCCUUGUGGCUUCGGCUCUUUCCACCAACAAUAUAGAAUUGAUGGCCGCCUAAUUGCCGUCGGGGUUGUAGACAUUCUUCCUAAAUGUUUGUCAAGUGUAUACUUAUUCUGGGAUCCAGACUAUGCAUUCUUAUCGCUCGGAAAAUAUUCUGCCAUUCAAGAAAUUAAUUGGGUUAUAGAGAACCAAGCUCGCUGCCCUUCUCUUCAGUAUUACUAUCUUGGUUAUUAUAUACAUUCCUGCAGCAAGAUGAGAUAUAAAGCAGCCUAUCGUCCAUCUGAGCUUCUAUGUCCUCUCCGUUUCCAGUGGGUUCCAUUUGAAGUAGCAAGGCCGAUGCUUGAUAAAAAGCCAUAUGUCAUAUUGUCCGAUAUUGCUAUUUCACAUAAUCAAUGUUCUUUACUAGCUGGUGCUUCUGAAACUCUCGUGGAACCAGCAGCAAGUGAACAUGAAGACAUGGAACAAGGGGAGACGAAUGAUAACUUUAUGGGCUGCAGUGAUGAGGAUGAAGAUGAGGAUGAGGAUGAUGAUGAUGAUGAUGAUGAUGAUGAGGAAAUGUAUGAGACUGAAUCAGAGGACUCUCAUAUUGAGUCAGACCCUGGAUCCAAAGAUAACGACAUUAACAACAUCCUUAUCGGUCUUUAUGGAUCCCAAUAUAGAUACAAGGAAAUGCGGCAGAUCAUAACUCCCGUAGGCAGGAAGCAACUGGAACCGAUGUUACAAAGCUACCGCAAGGUUGUGGGCGCUGAGCUUUCAGAGAGAAUGGUGUAUGAAAUCAACUGAAGCUUCAACAAUACCAAGCUCCAUUGAGCUUUGGUACCAUUAGUCAUUAGAUAAAACUCAAAAUUGUUUGUAUUCAUGUUUCAGUUGUUGUAUAUCUAUGACUAUGAGACUUGUACAUGGUGUCUUUCUUUAAGUUUGUAUUUUCUGAUUACCUUUAUAUUGAAAAAAUUUCUGUCCAAGAAGUUGAAAACUAACUUACUGUUCAUGAAGUAGUUUUUGUCAAUCUUUGGUACGUACAUAUGGUUUUGUUAUGCUUUUUAAUUUUUGCAAGAAACAAACU